CAUUAACCAGCGCUACGACCAACGCCGCGGGCCCGGCGGACCCGGCAGCGAAUACGACAAGGAAUACCGGUAAAUAAGGUUAAGGCGUGCAGCACUUGCUGUUGAGCUAGCCAUCUAUCCGGUCCCAAUCUCCAACUCCAAUUUAUAAGCAAUUGUCAAGAACGUGCAAUGGGACCGGGAUAUUUCGCCGUGUUUACUAUUUGCUUUCCUGCCUGUUAUCCUAUCCUAAUCCCGGAGAUCGUUCUCUUCCAUCUCCUAUCCUCUUCCCCUCUUCCUGUCUCAUCUCCUUUCUUGUGUCUUGUCCAGACGAAGAGAUGCUUCACUGUUAUGAUGUAUGCUUUUUCUUAUCUUAUUCUCCCAUUUUGCCUCUUGCAUGAGGAUUUACCUUGGCGAUAUACAUACCUGAAUCGAUUUGUUUAUAAUGUCGCCGUUGUCGAAUGCCAGAUAUUCCGAUUGAUCCGUUAGUAGUUUUGAGUGUCUGAAGAGAAGGUGGUGAGCCAAGAAUGGACACAACGAAGGUCAUCUAUUCAUCCUGAUGCCAUCACUCAACCUCUCUUGGCUCAACUAACUACC